AUGCUUUCUAAAAAUAUGAUUUUCAGAUCCGCCCUGAAUCUGGGCACUAAAUCUUUUACCGCCAGGCCAGUCUACCGAUCAUUCGCUACCUCUUCAUACCUUUUAAAUCAAACAAAACAACCACAGCAACAACAACAGCUUCCUCAAUCUACUCCCAGUGAAAUCGCCGCUCCUCAUGAGCUUCCUUCUUAUCUUCCCCGCCCUAAAAAUGCUUUCAACUACUUACAAGUCUCUGAGGAAGAACUGUUACCUCUGAAGAUUGGAGGUGCUCUUUACGCUACAGUCCACAUUCACGAUAGAAAAUUUCUUGUCACAGAGGGUGAUGAGAUCGUUUUGCCCGUCAGAUUGCGUGAUGCAAAUGUUGGCGAUGAGCUUAUUUUCAACCAUGUUUCAACCAUUGGUACACGUGAGCACACUCUUACUGGUGAUCCAGCUAUUGAACCCUCUAUUUUCAGCAUCAAGGGCGUUGUGACUGAAAAGACUAGAGAACCCAAGAGAACCCAUGAAAGAACACAGCGCCGAGUAAGACGUGUCCGAACAGUUGUCACUAAGAAUUGCAUUACAGUUAUAAGAGUUAGCGAGCUCAAGUUGAAUUAG